CAGUUACUGUUUCCUCAAAAAAAAAAAUUGUGAAUAAACAAUUUGCUACAGCAUUUUCUGAAUUUUUUAUAGACAGACAAUAAUCGCUACAAUGAAUCAUCAAGGUAUCGAUAAACUCACAACAAACAUAGAAAUAUUGAAAUUGAUUUUUAAACAUUUAAGUUUUGGGGAACAAUAGAAAUUUGCCCAAGUUAACUUACAAUUUAAAUAUAUAUUCUGCAACUUUAUUUGGACGGUGGAUUAUGCAAAAGUUAUUAUUAUCAAAGAUCCACCAAAUUAUUAUGUUAGAAAUGAGACACAAUUAAAUACUUUGGCAUUAAAUUUAGCGGAACUUACCGAGUUUUUUAACUUCUAUGGUCGCGAAAUUAAAGAUCUAAAUUUACAGUAUAUUAAAAAAUUGGAAUUAAGUCUUAUAGAACUGGCAGAAAUUGGUGUUGAUAUAAAAAAGAUGUUAGAGAAUUGCAAUUCUUGCUUAAAUAUCAGCCAACUUCCAAAUUUAACAUCACUCAGCUACAAUAAUAUGAUUGUAACUGAAACGGAAUUACAGAGUGUGGCUUGUCAUUGCAAACGAUUGAAGAAAUUAUGCAUUUACAACUGUUUCAAUGACAAGUGCAGCUUGUUUGUAUUUCCACAAGAUCUGGCCGUUAACACUUUACUGGAAAUGAAGCAACUUGAAUAUUUGUCGUUGGGCAGUAAUAUGGAAGAAAUGCUGAAUUAUGAAGAUUUUUGUCAACUCAUGAAAACUAACAUUAAACAUUUGUUUUUGAAAUACAAAAUAGAAGCGGAUGAAAAUUCUCAGAUAUUUAACAAUGAUUUGAAGAACUCCUUGCUGGACUUAGAAAUUUCCUGUAGCUUUUGUAAAACAAAAUGGGGCAUACAAUUUCCCAGCUAUUUGUGUCAUUUUGAAAAUCUGCUAAGCUUAACAUUGCAAGAUGUGGGCCAUAAUAUAGAGGAUGCUACGCUGAUUAUUUUAGCCAAUACUUGUAAGCAAUUAAAAAAGCUAUCCUUUAAUUUCAUAACAUUUGAAAAUGUCACAAACUUUCACUUGUUAAGCAGUAUUGAGGAAUUGAAUCUGCAAAUCUGUGAAGGUUUAACCCACAAAAACCUGCGCCAAAUUCUUACCGAAAUGAAUUUGAUAAAGGUUGCUUCCUUGUGGACAACAUACGAAGGUACAUUUGAAGAUUUCCCCAUAUCAAAGAAAAUUCAAUUUUUAAACAUCGAAAUAUUGAAAACACCUGCAUUUAAAGGAGCUUAUGAAAACAAUGAGAAUUUACGUUCCCUAAUCUGGCACGGUGGUUAUGGACUGACAAUGAAACCGCUCACUUUAAAAUGUCUCAAUUUACAAAACCUGGAAAUUAAGUCAGGUUUCAUACCACUAGAUUUGCUAUUACAAUUGAAAUCAUUGCGUACUUUAACUAUCAGAUAUCCAGCAUUAAAAUGUCCCUGGUCAUAUAUUAGUCAGCUGCUAAGCGAUCAUGUUUCCCUAACGGACUUUACCCUCGAUGAGCUGUGUUAUAAACCGGAUUCAAAAUCAUAUCCUCCAGAAGCUUUUAAAUGUUCGCAGAAUAUUAAAUGUGUAAAAAUUCCUUCACAAGCUUUUGAAGUGGCCAUUGACUUCUGGCUUGAUUUCGUAGACAAAAAUCGUCAGCUGAAAUUGAUUUGUUUGGGUUGGCUGUCACGUGAAGCUCUGGAUAAUUUAAUAAAUAGUCCGAAAUUUCCUAACUCUUUGAAGAUUAUAUAUAUUUAUGGCUUUAAAAUAGUUUGCAAAGAUUUACGGGAAAAUUUCGAUUACACUCUGGAGAAAAUACACUUUGAUAAACACAGACGUUUAUCUAUAUGUGAUAAUAAUCUAUAUAUAUAAAAGAGUAACGUUACUGACUGACUGACUGACUGACUGACUGAUUCAUCAUCGCACAGCCCAAACGGCUGAAGCUAGAAUCACGAAAUUUUAACAGUGGGUUCCUCCCUCCCCAAAACGAUC